CUGGGUUUUCAAGGAUGCCACGCUGUAAAUAACGGAGUUUCGCAUCUGGAAAUAAACUUUCGUACAGGAGGCUCAGGAUGAAAAGAUGGCAACCAUGUUUCUACCAACGGGUCCUGAAGGCUUGCGGCCGUUCAUGCGCGAAUCCUUGGCUGCUCUUGAGCAGCGGAUCGCCGAGGAGCAGGCCAGGAACGCAAAGGAGUACCAGGAGGACCUGGGGAACGUGGAGCUGCCCAAACCGCGUGCCGACCUGGAGGCGGGGAAGCAGCUACCGAGGAUAUUUGGCAACAUCCCCACAGAGCUGGUGGGCCUCCCAUUGGAGGAUAUUGACCCCUUUUACUUCAAGAACCAUAGAACUUUUAUAGUACUUAACAAAGGGAAGGCCAUCUUCCGAUUUAGUGCCACAUCUGCACUGUACAUUUUUAGCCCUUUUCAUCCUGUCAGAAGAAUCUCAAUAAGAAUAUUAGUACACUCCUUGUUCAGCCUCUUCAUAAUGUGCACUAUACUGACUAACUGUUGUUUCAUGGCCAUGUCUGAACCAGCACAGUGGGCCAAGUAUGUCGAGUAUACUUUCACAGCCAUUUACACUUUUGAAUCAAUGAUUAAAAUACUGGCCCGUGGCUUCUGCGUGGGUCCUUUUACGUUCCUGAGAGACCCUUGGAACUGGCUGGAUUUCAGUGUCAUCAUCAUGGCAUAUGUUACUGAAUUUGUGGACUUGGGCAAUGUCUCAGCCUUAAGAACAUUCAGAGUGCUCCGAGCGCUGAAAACUAUCUCGGUCAUUCCAGGCCUGAAGACCAUUGUAGGGGCGCUGAUCCAGUCUGUGAAGAAGCUGGCGGACGUGAUGAUCCUCACUGUCUUCUGCCUCAGCGUGUUUGCCCUCAUUGGCCUCCAACUCUUCAUGGGCCUCCUCAGGCAGAAGUGUGUCCGGAGCACGGCGCACUGCGUCAACGCCUCCUACAACACCAACGACACCUUCUUCUGCAACAACAAGACCUGGCUCUCCAUGACGCACUUCAUCACUGCUGAAGAAAAUUUUUAUAAGCUUGAAGGUGCAAAGGAUGCCUUAAUCUGUGGGAAUGGAAGUGACGCUGGGAAAUGUCCUGAUGGAUUUGAUUGUAUAAAAACAGGAAGGAACCCUAAUUAUGGUUACACCAGUUUUGACAGCUUUGGCUGGGCGUUUCUGGCGUUGUUUCGUCUGAUGACACAGGACUACUGGGAGAACCUCUACCAACAGACCCUGCGGUCAGCGGGGAAGACCUACAUGAUUUUCUUCGUGCUGGUCAUCUUCCUGGGCUCCUUCUACCUGGUCAACCUGAUCCUGGCUGUGGUUGCCAUGGCCUACGAGGAGCAGAACCAGGCCACCAUCGCCGAGGCGUGGCAGAAAGAGCGCGAGUUCCAGCUCGCCAUAGAGCAGCUACGCAGGGAGCAGCAGGCGAUGGCCCACAAAGCUCAGGAGACAGACUCUGUGACGUCCCCGGAGCUGUCCCCGUUCACACUGAAAGACGCCAAAGAGCGCAAGAAGAGGAAGAAAGCACAGAGGACGCUGUCGGCGGGGGCCGCCGAUGAAAAGAAGACACCAAAGUUGGACACAGUGGAUGGACCCAGGAGCCUGUACCCCUGUCUGGGCCGUACUCUGUCAUCCCGCACCAGGAGACCUAGCCAGAUCAGCAUCUUCACCUUCCGUCCCCACAAGAAGGAGUCAGAGACUGACUUUGUGGAUGAUGAGUGCAGCCUGCACAGGACUGGGCGGAGCCGUGUGGGGUCCCUGAUCGUCCCCUGGACCCACAGGAGGACCAGCGAGCAGAGCGCGAGCAGCUGCUGCUCCCCGGUGUUCACCCCAAGCCUGACCGUGAACGGCAAGCUGUCCCUGGACCAGAACGGCACAGCCGGAAUGAAGACUCUCUCUGCCAUGCUUCUGCAGGAGUGGGCCUCAGAGAAAAGCAAGCAGGAUGCAGGGAUAAACUGCAGGACCGAGAAGAGUACCAUGCUGUUCCCCCACAGACUGUCCCCAGAGCUCCUUGAGGAGAAUCUUCAGAGGGAUAGAGCACCUAGUGACAGCAGCUUCUUCUCUGAUGCCAUGGAGGAGCUGGAGGGGGCGCGGCAGAAGUGCCCCCCCUGCUGGUACCCAUUUGCGGAGAAGUACCUGGUGUGGGACUGCUGCCCCACAUGGCUAAAACUGAAAGAGGGGGUAAAGGUCAUGGUGAUGGACCCUUUCCUAGACCUGGCCAUAACCGUCUGCAUUGUGCUCAACACCCUUUUCAUGGCCCUGGAGCACUACCCCAUGACCGAUGAGUUCAACAGGAUGCUGUCUGUGGGAAACCUGGUUUUCACAGGGAUCUUCACAGCGGAGAUGGUCUUCAAAAUCAUUGCCCUGGACCCAUACUACUACUUUCAGCAGGGCUGGAACAUCUUCGACAGCAUCAUUGUCAGCCUCAGCUUGAUGGAGCUGGGGCUGUCCAACGUAGAGGGACUGUCUGUCCUGCGCUCAUUCAGACUGCUGAGGGUCUUCAAGUUGGCCAAGUCCUGGCCCACCCUGAACACUCUGAUCAAGAUCAUCGGAAACUCUGUGGGCGCCCUGGGCAACCUGACAUUGGUCCUGGCCAUCAUUGUCUUCAUCUUUGCCGUGGUGGGCAUGCAGCUGUUUGGGAAGAACUACCAGGACUGUGUGUGCAAGAUCUCCAAGGACUGCACAUUGCCGCGCUGGCACAUGAAGGACUUCUUCCACUCCUUCCUCAUCGUGUUCCGCGUGCUGUGCGGGGAGUGGAUCGAGACCAUGUGGGACUGCAUGGAGGUUGCCGGGCAGCCCCUCUGCAUCCUUGUCUUCAUGCUGGUCAUGGUGAUAGGAAACCUGGUGGUGCUGAACCUCUUUCUGGCACUGCUGCUGAGCUCCUUCAGUUCAGACAACCUGUCGGCACCGGACGAAGACGGCGAGAUGAACAACCUGCAGAUCGCCAUCGCCCGCAUCCAGGCAGGCGUGGGCUGGGCGAGGAGGGCCAUCUUCGACUUCUUCAGCGGCAACUUCAAGCGGCGGCGGGAGAAGGCCCGGGAGGCCGGCGCCUCGCUGAAGAUGAAGCGGCUGGCCAACCACGCCGAGGGGAACGGCACGGUGGGGCUCAUCACCUGCCAAGGCGGGAAGUAUGUGGUUGCCGACAACGACAGCUACAUGACCAACCCCAGCCUGACCGUCAGCGUCCCCAUCGCCCCCGGGGAGUCGGACGCAGAGUUCCCCGACGAGGAGGAGGACGAAGACAGCCAGUCGUCGGAGGAUGAGAAGGAAGCCAAGCAGAGAGACGAGGUCAGCCUAUCAGAGGGCAGCACAGUGGACCUGAGGAAGCCAGGAGAGCAGGAGGACGAGUACUCCGAGUUGGCUGAAGACACAAUGGAACCAGACGACUGCUUCCCUGAAUUCUGCCUGCGGCAAUUCUCCUGCUGUGAGAUCGACAUCAUGCAGGGUGUUGGCCAGGUGUGGUGGCGGCUAAGGAAGACCUGUUACCAGAUUGUGGAGCACAGCUGGUUUGAGACCUUCAUCAUCUUCAUGAUCCUGCUCAGCAGCGGUGCUCUGGCAUUUGAAGACAUUUAUAUAGAGCAGCGGAAGGUGAUCAAAAUUGUUCUGGAGUAUGCAGACAAGGUAUUCAGCUACAUCUUUGUCCUGGAGAUGUUUCUGAAAUGGAUCGCAUAUGGCUUUAAGAAAUACUUCACCAACUAUUGGUGCUGGCUCGACUUUCUCAUAGUGGAUGUGUCUUUAAUAAGCCUUAUAGCUAACUCGCUGGGCUACUCUGACUUUGCUGCCAUCAAAUCACUCAGGACCCUCAGAGCUCUCCGACCACUGAGAGCAUUGUCAAGAUUCGAAGGCAUGCGGGUGGUGGUGAACGCCCUGAUCGGUGCCAUCCCAUCCAUCAUGAACGUGCUACUCGUCUGCCUGAUCUUUUGGCUCAUCUUCAGCAUAAUGGGCGUCAACCUGUUUGCAGGCAAGUUCGGCAAGUGUGUCAACCGCACCGGGUAUAUAUACAACGCCUCGGUAGUCAACAACAAGUCCGAGUGUCAAUCCAUGAACGACACACAAUACUACUGGACCAAGGUGAAGGUCAACUUCGACAACGUAGGGUCUGGCUACCUCUCCCUCCUCCAAGUGGCCACAUUUAAAGGCUGGAUGGAAAUCAUGUAUGCAGCAGUGGACUCGCGUGCUGUGGAGGAGCAGCCCAUUAAGGAAGUGAACCUAUAUAUGUACCUGUACUUUGUCAUCUUCAUCAUCUUUGGGUCUUUCUUCACCUUGAACCUCUUCAUCGGCGUCAUCAUCGACAACUUCAAUCAGCAAAAGAGAAAGUUAGGCGGGCAGGAUAUUUUUAUGACUGAAGAACAGAAAAAGUACUACAAUGCUAUGAAGAAGCUGGGAUCCAAAAAGCCACAGAAACCUAUUCCACGGCCAGUGAAUGUGGUGCAAGGCUUUUUCUUUGACAUGGUGUCAAAGCAAGCCUUCGAUAUCAUCAUCAUGGGCCUCAUCAUCUUAAACAUGGUGACCAUGAUGGUGGAAACCGACGAACAGUCUGCCCGCACGGAGGCCAUCCUUUACUACAUCAACCUGGCCUUCAUCAUCAUCUUCACCACCGAGUGCUUCAUCAAGAUCCUCGCCCUCCGCUGCUACUUCUUUACUGUCGGAUGGAACAUCUUCGACUUUGUGGUAGUCAUCCUCUCCAUCGUGGGCAUUGUUCUUGCUGACAUUAUAGAGAAAUACUUUGUCUCACCAACCCUGUUCCGAGUUAUCAGACUAGCGAGAAUAGGACGCGUUCUUCGACUUAUUCGCGGAGCCAAAGGAAUAAGAACUUUACUGUUUGCCUUAAUGAUGUCUCUCCCGGCCUUGUUCAACAUAGGCCUCCUGCUUUUCCUCGUGAUGUUCAUCUACGCCAUCUUCGGCAUGGCCAAUUUUGCCUACGUAAAGAAACAGGGUGGAAUUGACGACAUGUUUAACUUCGAAACAUUCGGAAACAGCAUGAUCUGCCUCUUCCAGAUCACCACGUCCGCCGGCUGGGACAACCUGCUCAGUCCCAUCCUGAACAACUCGCCGGAGGAGUGCAACCCCAACAUCACUAACACAGGCACCAGCACCAAAGGGAACUGCGGUAACCCAUCAGUGGGCAUCGCUUUCUUUGUCAGCUACAUCAUCAUAUCCUUCCUUAUCGUGGUCAACAUGUACAUCGCCAUCAUCCUGGAGAACUUCAGCGUGGCUACUGAGGAGAGCACGGAGCCGCUGGGCGAGGAUGAUUUUGAGAUGUUCUACGAGGUGUGGGAGAAGUUUGACCCCGAGGCCACGCAGUUCAUCGAGUACUCCAUGCUGUCAACCUUCGCUGACUCCCUGUCCGAGCCGCUUCGGAUCCCCAAGCCCAACAAGAUCAAGCUCAUCGCCAUGGAUUUGCCCAUGGUCAUCGGGGACAAGAUCCACUGUCUGGACAUCCUGUUCGCCUUCACCAAGCGGGUGCUGGGAGAGUCUGGAGAGAUGGACGCGCUCAAGCAGCAGAUGGAGGAAAAGUUCAUGAUGUCAAACCCAUCCAAGAUGUCUCAUGAGCCAAUCACCUCCACGCUCCGGCGCAAGCAGGAGGAAGUGUCCGCAGUCAUCAUCCAGAGGGCGUACAGGAAACACCUGGUGAGGCGGCAGGUAAAACAGGCCUCUUUCCUGUACCGCCAGAUCAAUGCGGACAACCCUGCUGACGAAGAAGAUGCCCCUGAGAGAGAGGGCCUCAUCGCCUCCAUGAUCAGGCAGAACUAUGGGCCUGGAACGGAACGGGUCGAAACACUGUCCACCACUUCUUCGCCGCCCUCAUACAACAGUGUGACCAGGGCUGCUAGUGACAUUUUACAAGUUCUAAUACCUGACUCCAAAAACGAGGAUAUGGGCGAACCAUUCCCUCACCUGGAGACAGUGCACGAGUCAUUUCUUUGA